GGUGUAAUUCACUUUUCGUUCUGUCUUUCGUUGGUUUGGUAUCGGUCGCGAUUGUGUGCCCGGGGUAUUUAAAACGUGGGGAGACGGAUUCCAUUCAGUGUACAUUCAUAAUCUAGUAUCAUUGUGCUAUACGUGAAUCGCUCUUCAGUCAAACGGAUAUUUAUUGGCAGUAUCUAGUAUUUUCUUUUCAAUUUCAAAAGAAUUGCUGCACGUAGAGGUUCGGUGGGAAUGUUAUCCACAGUUGACUUGUUGUGAGUGUUACUUUCAAGUGGAAUUGUCAAUAUUUUGGAUUGUCAACAUUUUGGAUUGUCUAGAUUUGGAAUACGGUAUUGGAGCUGUGUGGUUUCAGCACUCUACAGAGGCAUGAUCACUAUCAAUUAGUACCCGGAUAAAUCACCAAUACAAAACGUGAAAUAAAUUAAUUAUCAAUAUUGAACCCCCCAAAAUGGCGGAUUUGGAUAUAGAAGAGUUGCAUACUCCAACACGAGAAUGGAAGGGCUGGAUUCGAAAUCGAAUGACCCACGAGUUGGAAUGGUGCAUCGUGACAGCAGGGCUGAUGGGCGUGUUCCGAGAUCCGGAGGCCAACCGAGCCCGCAUCGUCCUCAACCUCAACGACUUCGACAUCAAACCCCUUUGCGAGGGAGCAAAGCGAGGCUCACACGUCUUCACCUACGUCGAUGAUUGUUACAGCAUCAAGUUCGUGUCGAAACGAAACGCGCGGAUGAUCUACACGUUCGGUACCGAAACGGAGGAUGAUUUUCGUACGUGGCAUCGCGCGCUGACCGGAAGUGAAGUGGAAGAAUCUGGCCUUGAUUUGACCCUUGACGCUUCCUCGAGUUCAACGUCAGUGGAGGUUAAGGGUAAACACGUUGACGCUCGUAGGAUGGACAGUGGUUUGGGAGACGACAUCUGCACGUCACCGAGUCCAGACGCACAAGGAAAGAACAGCCGGGUGAGGCAGUUUGAAGCUAUUCAAGAAAUUGAGGUUGCGACUAGUAGUCUACGCAGCAGUGGCCAAACAGGAAACGUCACACCGGAUAGCACUAGCGGGAAAUCAGAGUCAAGCGAUUCGCUGUCUGACUCGGGGCAAAGUAAUACCACAACGCCUGAUUCAGAACUAGCGGAUGAGGUGCCGAGACUCCGUGCCAACGCUCAUAAACUUCGAGGGCCUCGCUCCGAUCAGUCUCGCUUUAGUGCUCCAGUUGGGGACUUCUCGCUCUGGGAAGAAAAAAUGGGAGAAGACGGAUUACUCAUCAAGACAUACUCAUUACCCAUGAAAUCACCGCAUCGUGUUCGUGUCUCGUCCGAUGGCGAGGAGGAGGAGGACGCCUUCCAAUUUGAACCCUCCUUGACAAUGUCUACCUCCAAUCAACAAACAACUCGCUCAGCAACGACCACGCCGACGUAUCGACGACCGGGGCCGGUGACGAGUUUCAGCGACCCCGCUAGGAAGAAGCUGGGUUCACGAAUGACCGUCAAAGCGUCGAAGCUCGUCGGCCGAAUGACCCAGCUCCGCUCGCAGCGACACAAGACACCGCUAGCUCAGUCAUCCAUAGUCACCAUCACCGUCGAAGGCGAUCUCCUUCGAAAGCACAAAAGCACCUUGGUGCCCUGUUUUUGUAUACUCAGUGGAAACGUUAUGUACUGCUACAAAUCCAAAGAAUCGGAAGAUUUAUCGGAUUUAACCAUCGACAUCCACAAGUACCGUCUCUCCAAACUGACGGCGGCGAGGACGGAAUCGAAGGAGCUCGACUGCGCUUUCGUUCUGACACCCCACAGCAGCGGCUCGAAGGAGUACGUCUUCAUCGCGAAGGAUUUGAAUCUCGCCAGAAAAUGGUACGGGCAUUUGGAGGAUAUUUUGAAGGAGCUGGAAUCGAGACAGAUCCGAGCCAUGCAGAGCUCGGCACCCGACUUGAGGGGUUCCUCGCCAUUGUUGAACCAAACUGGAAAAUACGAUGUAAGCCAGCAAAGCAGGUAUUCCAAAGCCAAGACGAGGGGCAGCACCUUCAAACUCCUUGCCAUGGCCGAGGAAGAACAGAGGAACUCGAUCGCGGCGCGGAUGUCGAGGGGCAGCUUCGAGGACGGGUACGGGUUCACGGAGGAAAUAAGCCGACAUCGAGCUUCAAUGGGCGACAUCAUAGGAACAGACCACACGGACAGCCAAGCCUUCGACGAUGACGAUGGAGAAGCUUUCAUCGAAAUCACGAUGGAGGACGUCAUGAGGUCAAAGAGUAACCUAGGAGACCGAGCAGUCAGUCGUUCCAUGGAUGACAUCGGGAUGACGUCAGUGAAUCGCAACCCCCUGAUGACGGGAAAAACCUCCCCACUGGGACUUGGUAGGGCCACGCCCAAGACCAAGCGGCACAAGAGGACGGUACCCAUUCCGGCCAGUGAGGUGGGCGACCGGAUCAAGACCGGCUACCUGGAGGUCAAGAAAAGCGGCUCGUGGAAAAGGUGUUGGUCAUUAUUGACCGAGGAUCGUCUGUAUAUCUACCGUAAGCCUACCGACUCCCACACUCUGGAUAUGCUCAUGCUAGAGGAGUACGACGUCGAAAUCGUUGUGUCGCCCUCCGGGUCGUCAUCGAAGACGGGGAGCAAGUUUGCCUUCCAGAUGUACCACCCGAGGGUGACGGGAACACAGUUACUGUGUGAGAGCAGAGAGGAAAGGACGGAGUGGAUGGAUGCCAUUGGUCAGAGGUGUAAGAAGUUCAACCGUGCAGACAUGGAGGGAACGUCAGAUCAUAGAGGAAACAGGGAGAAGUUGACACCACUAAUAACACGACUCAAUUCAGAACCUAAUGACAAACGGACACAUCUCGGCGUUGAUACCAAGGGAUCCGCUUCAUCGUCAGAUCUCUCUGACGGCUCACCUAUCAUGGAGCGCAAGAAGCAGUACAUCGAGGACAAGUACGAGCGGGUGAAGGAGGCCCAGGAGAUGGAGAUGCUUCGAAUGAACACCAUCCUCAACCAACGCAGGAUGUCUGCAGACGUCAAGAUUGACGCAGUCGAGAAGAAACUACUCCAGCAACGCAAGCAGAGGAAACGCAAGAAAAACUCUAGAGGAGAUUCUUUAGACGAGGAGGGAGAGCUUCUUGAAGAUCAAUUGGAACAGCUGAAGACACGCUAUGGAGAAAUCAACAAGGAAUCGCAGGAGACAAAUCUUAAACAAGAAGAACGGCUCAAGGCCAUCGAGAACAAGAAGGACGUCGAGUUCAAGAUUCUAGAACACGAGCGUAAACUCCAGAAGCAUAAGAAGGCUGCUCAACAAGCUCUUCAGCAGAUCGUCAAAGGCAUAUCUUCCAUCACCCCGCCUGCCGUUGGUGGCGGUAGACCACGGUUUGAUCUCAUAUCGGAGGAAGCGGAGGACGAAUCAGAAGAGAGGAAACUGUCGGUGGCGAGUUCUGUUGGGAUCAGCUCAAGCGACAGCAUGGGCAGCCUCUGUGACCCAAGGAAAUGUGUGGACAGUGAGGUGGUUGUUCCGGUUAAGUCUUCUGCAUCUAAGGCUCUAGCACCCAUGACCAGACGGCACGCUGUACACAAUCCUCCCAGGAGGAUUUCCACAGAGAGCAGCACCGAUUCCUCGUCUAGUAUGGACAGUCCCGAUGUGGCCAGGCAUGACUUCAACCUGGUGGAUGAAUUCACCAAGUCCUUCCCAGUUUUUGAAGGCACAUUGGAGCAAGGAUCGAGGGAUAAAUCAAAGUCUUUUGAUUCAGGCAUCGCAGACGAGGUUGAUAUCAAUUCCAACAAAUCAUCGACUACAACGACGACGACAACGAUUCAGACGAAUGUCAACGGUAAUGUGAACGACAAUGAGAUGUUGAAUCAAAAUGUGCCUUCCGGGAAACACAUCAGAACGGAGAUCAGUGAGGAUGUUCUCAGAGAUAUUGAGGAAUUCGAGCUCAUGGCGCGACGUGCCCUUGAAGAAGCCAGCUGGAUGGUCUGAGAAGGAAUCAUGGUCUUCUUCCUCAAACAACUCAACCAAAUAAACAGCUCAAGUAACAGUAAUUUGUCAAACAGUAACAGCUUUAAUCACCGGACUGCCUAUCGCCCAACACGUUGGAACAUUUCUUGCAAUGAGCGUCGGGUAUACAGGAACAAAAUGUGUGCUCAGAAGUUUGAAAGACAGAACAGUCAUUUGUCUUCCUUCAUUGGAUCUUCCAGGGAAAUUGAACGUGUGCGACGCCCUCUACGAGUAUGACCAAACGCUGAACGACAUGAUUUUUAAAAAUAUCUAGUCGAAACACAUGGGUGCGAUAUUCAGAAUUUAUCUUCUCAAAAUUGGUUGGACUACACUGUACUAAUGAGAGUUUACACCUUUCUCAAACUAAUAUUUAUGUCAUUUGAGACAUAGAGCACGAUGCUUUGGUUUGACUCUGCCAUGUUUCGGAUCCGACUAAAGGGACGCUGGUUUGUGUGUGUUUUAAUGAUUAUGCUUCCUCGCACAAAAAUGACUACAGAGGGCGAUGAAAAGCGAAGUUAUAUAAAUGUAUGCCUCGAGGCUUAAAAGAUAUACAAACAGCUUUCCGUAGUAAGAGAAUUUAAAAUAAAUUGCUUUCUAUUUUGCCGAUGUCUAGAAGAAAAACAAUUUAACACGCACAAAAUCCAGACGAUAAACGGGUUCGCACUGUUUACAUGGUUUUGGCUCAUGGAACUUCUCAAUACUUUCAUAGCAUAUUAUUUAUCUUUCAAAAUUAAGGAUACACUGAGUUAAUACUUUUGAAGAACAUUUUCCUAGCAGUGAAGUACAUUAUAUUGCUAAUAAAUGGUGUUACGAUAAGUACAAAGAAUCAUGUUAAGAAAACGUUUGAGUAAAGGCUCACUUGACGUCCUGACUAUUUGUCAAUAUUUCGAUGGUUAAAUCAUAACGAACUAUUAAUGAAGAACAAAAAAAAACAUUGUCGCGACGUUACUGUCUGUAUAUUGUUAUGUUUAGUAAUUAAAUGUACUUUAAAUCUCCGUAUGAUAUUGUCAAAUAAGAUGAUUGAAGUGGGAGAUAAUGUGAGAUACUUUGAUGUACGCUGGUUGCACACGAGGCGUCGAUACAAUUGCGUCUUGACAUGCGCUAAGCGAGCCCGUGAAGGCAAUUAGCUCAUACGCUAAUAAUUCAAAUGGACGCUUACAAUGUUCAUUUGCAGUUACAUUGAAUAUGACAUCACUCUCAUGUGGUGUGUCAAGACCGCGUAAGUCUCUGACGCAGCAUUGCAUCAGCAAAAUGACGCAGCGUUGCAUCAGGAAAUUAACGCAUCGUGUGCAACAAGUAUUUGUUUUAAAGGAAAGGAAAGUCUGGCUGGACCAGACUGUAUGCAAUGUUUCUUAACUGAAAAGUAUAAACAAUUAUUUAUAUUUCUCUGUACCGUAUACGUCGGGUCUUUUAUACAUUUUCAUGUUUUGUUUGGUGUUUGUUUUACAUUUGUUUAAAGCUUACGUCAUACACUGCUCAGUUGCAAGGCGGGUACUCAGAAGUCAAAUGUGCUGCAUGACUAUUGUCAUAUCUAAUUUCCACUUUUUAUUUUGGGAAAGGGGUUGAAAAUAAUAGAUGGAUGAAAUUUGAGAGAACAAGGCCGAAGGUUUAGAGGGAAUUUGCCUUUCUCCUCUCUUUGUCUCUUUCAGGGAUUUUUCCCACUUUUUAUUUUCUUACUCGAUUUUUAUUCUAAAUUUGCCUUUCUUACGUUUACCGGUUUUUUAUAUUCAUAUCUAAAAUCUAUUAUGUUUUUGAUCAUAUCUAUAUCAUGUAUGGCCCUAUAUAUUACCUAUUUGUAUAUUGUUGUAAUGAAUUUAAUUGACCCGACAUGGUCACGUCAACUGCUACGAUGGAAUUUGAUAAUGAAAACCAUGAAGAAAUGAUAAUAAAAACAUUACAAAAUAAGUCA